AUGGCUUUACAGUUAGUAUUGCUCGCGGGUUUGGUGCUAACAGGAUUGGCGUUGAAAUACGAAGGGGGUCCUGGACAGUGGACACGCUAUGCCCAGUGGGAUGCUAAAACAACAGGGGAGCUGAGUUUCAUCCUUAAAACGAAUAUUAGCAAGGCGCUGGUGUUGUAUCUGGAUGAUGGCGGUAAUUGCGACUUCCUGGAGCUCCUGAUCGUGGACGGAAGGCUUCAGUUACGCUUCACCAUUCACUGUGCCGAGCCCGCCUUCAUCCACACAGAAACAUUUGUCAGUGACCAGCGCUGGCAUCGCGUCCUGCUGUCCCGCGACCACAGAGAAACCAGGCUACAAGUGGACAACGAGCUGAAGGCGGCGGAGGUCAAGUCCAAGAGGAAGGAGAUGGUGGUGGAAAGUGACCUGUACGUGGGCGGCAUCUCUCCUGACGUGCGCCUCUCCGCUCUCACGUCCAGCACGGUCAAAUACGAGCCCAGUUUCCAGGGAUUCAUCGCUAACCUGAAGCUGGGGGAGGCCCUGCCCGUACUGAUGGAUGGCCAGGGGGUGAACAGUGAUCUGGACUAUCUCUGUGAAGAACACUCGCCUUGCACUAACAUGGGACAAUGCUCCGUCAGCCAGGGAGUGGUGCUGUGUGACUGUAUCAACACCAGCUUCAGGGGGAGGUACUGCCAAGAAGGUAUCCAGAGGGAAGUGGAAGGUCAGGAGGAGUCUGUGGGCACCUUUAAAGGAAAUGAGUUCUUCAGCUACAAUCUCUCCCAGACGCCCAUUCAGAGCAGCCUGGACGAGAUCACGCUGUCUUUCCGCACGCAGCAGAGAAACGGCCUCCUGCUCCACACGGGGAAAUCCGCCGACUACGUUAACCUUUCCCUCAGAAACGGGGCGCUCUGGCUGGUCAUCAACCUGGGCUCCGGUGCUUUCGAGGCUCUGGUCGAACCCACCAGCGGCAGAUUCAAUGACGAUGCGUGGCACGACGUGAGAGUAACGAGGAAUCUUCGACAGGUGACAAUCCUGGUCGAUGGGAUCCUGACCACCACAGGCUACACCCAGGAGGACUACACCAUGCUGGGAUCCGACGACCUCUUCUACAUCGGGGGCAGUCUGAACACGGCGGACCUGCCUGGGUCUCCUGUCAGCAACAACUUCAUGGGCUGCCUCAAAGAUGUGGUCUACAAGAAUAAUGAGUUUAGGCUGGAGCUGUCACGCCUGGCCGAGCUGCAGGACCCACGGAUCAGUAUCCAUGGUGAUCUGAAGUUCAGCUGUGAAAGUGUCGAGGCUCUUGAACCAGUCACCUUUGACCGACCCAACUCCUACCUCGCACUGCCUAAGUGGAACACAAAGAGAACCGGAGCCAUCUCCCUGGACUUCCGCACCAGCGAGCCCAGCGGCCUCCUCCUCUUCGGCCACGGCAGUCUGAACGGGAACCAGAAACCACGAGUGGACUUCUUUGCACUGGAAUUGUUGAACGGUCUCCUCUACAUGGUGAUGGACAUGGGCUCAGGCAGCGUCAAAAUAAAAGCCACAGAAAAACGGAUGGAUGAUGGCAAGUGGCACCAUGUGGACUUCCAGAGGAACGGACGAAAUGGCUUUAUCUCGGUCAACAGCCAGAGCGUGCCCUUCUCUGCCAACGAAGGAAGUGAGAUUUUGGACUUGGACGGAGACAUGUAUCUGGGGGGUCUGCCUGAAGACCGCCAUGGCAUCAUGCUGCCCCCGGAGGUGUGGUCGGCUACUCUGAGCCUGGGCUACGUGGGCUGUGUUCGGGACCUCUUUAUUGAUGGACAGAGUCGUAAUUUGUGGCGUCUGGCGGAGGUGCAGAGCGCUGCAGGUGUGAGCAGCCUCUGCACCAAAGAGACGCACGUGAGGUGCCACCGAGACACAUGCGCCAACGGGGGGCAAUGUCGAGAAGGCUGGAACCGGCACAUCUGUGACUGCAACGGCACGGGCUACACAGGCCCCAACUGUGAGACCGAGGCCACCGCGGUGAGCUACGACGGCAGCAUGUACCUGAAGGUCCUGUUGCCCCGCACGCUGCACACGGAGGCUGAAGACGUGUCCCUCCGCUUCAUGUCCCAGAGGGCCUACGGGCUGCUGCUGGCCACCACCUCCCAGCAGUCGGCCGACACCAUGCGCUUGGAGCUGGACGGAGGGAGGGUGAAGCUCACUGUGAACCUGGAUUGUAUCAGGAUAGACUGUAACCUCAGUAAGGGACCGGAGAUUCUGCUGGUUGGAGAGAAGCUCAAUGACAAUGAGUGGCACACAGUGAAGGUGGUGCGACGAGGGAAGAAUCUACAGCUGUCUGUGGAUAAUGUGACUGUGGAAGGUCUCAUGACUGGCGCCCACACUCGUCUGGAGUUUAACAACAUAGAGACAGGCAUCAUGACCGAGAGGCGCUUCAUCUCCGUCAUGCCGUCCAACUUCAUCGGCCACCUGCAAGCGCUUUCCUUCAACGGCAUGCAGUAUUUGGAUCAGUGCAAGAACGGAGACAUUUCCUACUGUGAACUUAACGCGCGCUUUGGAAUGAGGCACAUUGUGGCCAACCCAGUCACUUUUCUCACUCAAGCCAGUUACCUGGCCUUUUCCACUUUACAGGCCUAUGCAUCCAUGCACCUGUUCUUUCAGUUCAAAACCACUAGUCCUGAUGGCCUCGUCCUGUACAACUCUGGAGAUGGCAGCGACUUCAUUGUGGUGGAGCUAGUCAAAGGCUAUAUUCACUAUGUUUUCGACUUGGGGAAUGGACCUUCCCUAAUGAAGGGGAACUCUGACAAGCCUCUCAAUGACAACCAGUGGCACAAUGUGGUGAUCUCCCGAGACGGCAACAAUGUGCACAUUCUCAAAAUAGACUCGCGCACCGUCACCCAGCAUGCCAAUGGAGCCCGCAACCUGGAUUUAAAAGGUGAGCUGUACAUUGGUGGCGUGGGUAAGAGCAUGUACAGCAGCCUGCCCAGGUUGAUUGCAUCUCGAGAGGGGUACAAGGGCUGUUUGGCGUCGGUGGAUCUGAACGGCCGGCUGCCUGACCUUCUGGCGGACGCCCUUCACAAAGUGGGCGAGGUGGAGCGCGGCUGUGGAGGUCCCAGCACGACCUGCACAGAGGACUCGUGCCAACACUCAGGGGUGUGUCUGCAGCUGUGGGAGGGCUUCUCCUGUGACUGCACCAUGACCACCUACGGAGGGCCCUUCUGCAACGACCGUGAGUACUUUCACCCUCAGGGGGCCGGGCGCAUCCACUUUGAAAAUCAUGUGAGAGAGUGA